AUGAGUCCAUCCACCCCCUCAAACUCGCCUCUCGUCCUCCUAACAGGCGCUACGGGCCUUAUCGGCUUCCACGUCCUCCUGGCCCUCCUCCACGACAACUACAACGUGCGCAUCACCGUGCGCACCGAGGAAAAAGCACAGCACCUCCUCUCCCAUCCCGUCCUCCAACCAUACACCUCCACCUCCACCUCCACCCCACAACUCACCACGAUCCUCAUCCCCGACAUCACCGCCCCAAACGCCUUCGCCGCCGCCCUCCACGACAUCACCCACAUCAUCCACACCGGCUCCCCCGUCCCCAUCCCCGGCACCGACCCCGUCCGCGAGAUCUGGACCCCCACCGUCACCGGCACCGCCCACCUCCUCCACGCCGCCCUCCACAGCCCAACCAUCCAGCGCGUGCUGCUGACCUCCUCCAUCGUCGCCAUCAUCCCCCCGGCCCCGUGCUCGGGCUCCUCCGACCCCGCCACCGCCACCCCGACCAUCACCCCGGCCGCGCGCGUCACCUUACCAGACCAGAUCACUGAAGAAACCAUUGCCCAACAAGACGUCUUCACCGCCUACGUCCUCGCCAAGAUCACCGCUCUGAACGAGGCGGAGGCGUUCAUGAAGACGCGCACCUCGUCCUUCAGUCUCGCGCAUAUCAUCCCGGGUUAUGUGCUGGGGCGGGAUCGUUUGGUCACCACUGCGGACAUGGGAGUGGGGAAACCGAGUUCGUGUGGGAUUCUGUUGAGGGGGCUUUUGGGCAUGGAUGGGUCCGGCCCGUUGCAUGGGGCGUUUGUGCAUGUUGAUGAUCUGGCUGAGGUGUUUGUCAGGGUGUUGGAGAGGGAGGGGCAGGAGGGGCAGAAGGGGGAGGACGAAGUAGAAACAGAAGAGAAGGUGGAGAGUUGGGGGGCGUAUGUGCCGGUGGAGUUUGGGGAGGCGUGGGAGGUGGUGGAGCAGACAUUUCCAAAAGAGGUGGCGGAGGGGAUUUUGAAACGAGGGAGGUUGGAGACGAUUACGCUGGAUGUUGAGGCCAGGGAGACGGAAGAGAAAGUGCUGGGGAGGAGGUUUAGGGGGUUUGAGGUGGCGGUUCGGGAUGUUGUGGGGUGGCAUUUGGAGUUGUUGGGGAGGGAGAAGUGA